CACGCCGUCUUCUCAUCCCUUCCGACUCAUGAGAUCCCUGUUCCGCCUCCCCACGCCCUCCCUCUGCGAUUUCCCCAGAAUCUCUCCCUCGCCGCAGCCUCCUUCGCCACCUCACUCCUCCCCGCGCCCGCCACCUGCUCGACCCUUUGCCCCAACGAAGACCCGCCCCAGGACUCCGCCGGCCUGCUCCGCCAAUGGGGCUGCAGCGACGACGACAUCUCGAGGCUGUUCUCCCGCCGCCCUUCCCUCCGCAGGGCCAACCUCGGCCGCCUCCGCUCCAAGCUCCAGAUACUGACCGACGUGGGCAUCACGGGUCCCGACCUCGUCAAGGUCAUCCACUGCCGCCCUCGCUUCCUCAGCUGCCGCAUCAACAACCACCUCGAGGACCGACUCCAGUACUUCGUCUCCCUCUUCGGCUCCAAGGAAGUCCUCCGCAGGGCCAUCGUUCGCAACCCUUCCAUCCUCACCUACGACUUCCCCGGCAGGAUUCAGGACAUCGUCGACCUGUACGAGAAGAUGGGCGUCGGCAAGGAGGACUUGGUCCUCAUGCUCAUGUCUCGCCCCACUUUGAUACCCCGUACUUCUCUGGAGGAUGAGAAGAUGGAGUACAUUCGCCGGACCGGGGUUCCCCGGAACUCCAAGUCUUAUAAAUAUGUGGUGACCAUCAUGGCCAUCUCCAGGCUGACCACCAUCCGUGAAAAGGUGGCUAAUUUGGAGAAGUUUGGGUUCUCAGAGGAGGAGGUGUUGAGCCUAUUCGGUCGCUCCCCUUUUAUGCUCACCUUCUCCAUUGAUAAGAUCCAAAGGAACAUGACUUUCAUUCUCGGAAUCAUGAAGCUCCCUGCAAAGGUGAUUUUCGAACACCCAUUUCUCUUGCACUGUAAUUUGGAGAACGUGCUGAGGCCGCGUGUUCUUCUCGCUGCCAAGAUUCAGGACAUGGGUCUCUCUCCUCAAAUCCAAGGCCCUACCAUCUUCAGGGCUCUCAGAAUGACGGAGAGCAGAUUCUUAAAAGCAUUUGUUGGGUGUCAUACGGGAGAUGUUGCCAAUGAGUUGAUGGAGUUAUACAACACCGUCAAAGGUGUUAAGCGAUUGGCUGAAGCCUCGAAGAAGAACUAUACCAAAGGAUUCCCUUUCUGAAGGAUUUCGAUUUUGAUGCCAGCGAAUUUGAGACUUGAGAGAGUGUCACUUACACCGAGACACCAAAUAUUCAUUAUUUAUUUAUUUCAGAAUGGGGCUCUAAAAAUGAAAUAUGGAGAGCUUACUGUCGCUGCAUCUCUUGCUCGCCCCUCCUCAGGUCUCUUUUUAUUUCUCUAUGGCAAUUUGUGUACCUUGCUUUGUUUCCAUUGACAAGGAUAUAACUUUGUUGCGAUAUCAAGGAUUUUUCCUAUGUUUCUGAUUA